AUGGAACUACCUCUGCUUGCUGGUAUCGCCCUAUGCGCGUUGGGCUACCUGAUUGUUCGCCUAUCGCAGACCAGUCGCAGGCGCAAAGGCUUGCCUCCCGGUCCACCCACCCUACCGCUACUCGGCAACCUACAUCUGUAUUCUCCCAGACUGACCUAUCUGCUGUAUACUGACUGGGCAAAAAAAUACGGCGAUGUGUUCUCUUUAAUUCUUGGGCCUGUCCUCGUGGUAGUGUUGUCUAGUGCGGACGCAGUGCGAGAGAUUAUGGACAGGCGGAGCGCCUUGACCGCCGACAGACCUGCUUGUCAUUUCGACGAUAUCAUGCAUGACGGGAAAUACCUUACCAUGGCUCGAUAUUCCGACGACUGGCGCGCUCUUCGUAAAGCCGCGAACUCGGUGCUAACUCCUCAAUCUGCCCUCAAACACGUGGCCAUUCAAAGAGCGGAAUCGAUUCAGUGCAUGUACGACUUGCUAAAGACGCCAAAGCGUCUAUGGUGGCAUUUGAGGCGCACGUCCAAUUCCAGUAUAUUUUGUGUACUUUACGGCAAGCGCGCACCCACCUCGGACUCGGCCGAUUUAAAUGCUGCAUUUCAUGCGGUAGAGGGUGUUAUUGAGCUAAUUACUCCCGGAAACUUCGCUCCCGUGGACAUGUUCCCAAUCUUGCGAUACGUACCGGAACGCUGGGCGAGGUGGAAAACGAGAUGCAGGGAGACUGAGAAUGCGGAGCGACAUGUUCAUAGUCGCAUGUUGCAAGAGUGCAGGGAGAGGGUUGCGAAAGGCAGGAACGCGAACAUAGAGCCGUUCAUGGAUGUUGUUGUCAAGAGACAGCAGGAGCUGCAACUAACAGAUGAGAUGGUUAUGUGGUUGGGCGUCGUACUCAUGGAUGGUGGCAGUCACACGACGCCGGCAUUCAUGCAGUCCUUUGUGAUGCUGUUAACUGCCUAUCCAGAUGUGCAACGCAAGCUGCAUGAGGAGAUAGAUGCGGUAGUAGGCGGCGAUCGCAUACCACAUUUAGAUGACUUCGACCAUCUGCCUUACUUGCAAGCCACCAUCAAAGAGACCCACAGAUACAGACCUGUUUUUCCGACGUGUAUCUCUCACGCUGCUUCGCAAGAGUUGACAUACGGAGGCUAUUUUAUCCCCAAAGGCUCCAUGAUAACAGUCAAUCUCUGGGGCAUCUAUCACGACCCGGAUGUUUUCGAUGAUCCUGAGUCAUUCAUCCCUGACCGAUUUCUUGAAUCAGAGUUCGGCGUUAGGCCGGGAGUCGACGGAUCGGUAUUCAAACACACAAUGCCAUUUGGAUUUGGGCGAAGAAUAUGCCCGGGGCGACACGUCGCAGAACAUGCUCUGCGUAUUCAGACCAUGGAUCUCAUCUGGGGCUUUGAUUUCACCUCGGAGAAAUGUGUGGAUAUUGAUUUUGAUGCGUACGAGCCGAACGUGAUGAUGACUCCUAAGCCAUUCGAACUCGACGUUAAAGUGCGGAGUCGCACUCACGAGAAGAUUAUUCAGGAUGAGUUUCAGGAGGCUAUCCCUUCUUUCGAACCCUAUGAGGAACUACUAAGCAUGGAAGAAAAACAAUGGUUGGAGGCUCAUAGGCACACAGGAUAA